AUGCACUCUGCCCGUCGUCGAGCACCGUCCACUCCCGAACGCAGCCCACCGGCACACUACACCGCCGCUCACCAUCCGCACCCAAUCCUCACCGAUCCCGCGCACCUCUCCGGACAUCCGUCGGCGCGUCACAUGGGACAUCCGGGCCCGCCGCAUUUUGGUGCCGGCCCGUCCCCGCAUGCCGUCGUGGCGCCCCUCUAUCCUUCUCUAACGCCGACGCACGGGCACGCGGCGGGGUUGAAGCGGCCGCGGCCGGACGAGCUUGACCUCUCCGUCUCCGGCAUGCCCGGGCUUCAGCACGGUGGCCUGGAGUCAAUGCAGCAGACGCCUAUGGGUGCCGCUUACCCACAGGCAGCCGCUGCACCGCCGACACACCACCACCAUCGGCUGCCGGACACGGGACCCCCUAGCAAGCUUCUACGGCGAGACGAGGAGGGCAGCAGCGGAGGAGGAGGGGCUCCGAGCAUGGUUGGGCAAGCCGGGAUGCCGCCGCCAGCGCCGCGACCAAGAGGCCCCAAGCUGAAAUUCACACCUGAGGACGACCAACUACUGGUCGACCUGAAGGAGAACAAGAACCUGACAUGGAAACAGAUCGCCGACUUCUUUCCUGGCAGGUCAAGUGGGACGCUCCAGGUGCGCUACUGCACGAAGCUCAAGGCGAAGACGACGCAAUGGACAGACGAAACGGAUCAAAAACUCAAAACCGCUCUCCAGGACUAUGAGAACGAAAAGUGGCGCAUCAUCGCCAACAAGGUGGGGACAGGCUUCACACCGGCGGCUUGCCGCGAGAGGGCAGCACAGCUUCUGGGGGAGGAGAGCUUAUAG